AUGGGGCGACUCGAGUAUGCAGCCGACGAGGCAGAUCGCGAUCAAGCGGCUCGAAGAGAGAGUAACGACGAGGACGAGGAGCCAAGGGCGCAGGAGGAGGGGGCGGAGGAAAAUAGGGGUUCAGGGGAUGAGGAGAGCGAUGACGAGUUGGGGCAUGAACGGGCGGCUGCGAUUGAAGUCGGUGUUGUAAUGGGAGAAAUGGCGGGAGAAGACGAUAACGAGGAUGACGAUAACGAUUCGGACGAUGCGCCCGAGGAGUUCACUCUGUCGCAGGUGCCCGCCCACCAUCGCCCUCUUCCCCUCCGCCGCUGUGACCCGCUCUAUUGCGUCGCUCAUUCCGAUCCUCUACACGCCGCCCCACCGCGCAGGGUCGCCAAGGCUGACAGAAAGGUUCGGCAAAAGCGAGCAGGCUUGGUAGCGAAGGGAGAGGAGGGGGAGGGAGAGGAAGAGGGAGAGGGCGAGGAGCGGCGGGGCAAGGAGGCGGAGAGGAAGGCGAAGCGCAGGCGCGAGCUGGAGGGACGCGCGGAGAGGCGCACGCGGCGAAAGGGCGCGGCGGAGGGGGGAGACGAGGCGGCGGGGUCGCUGGUACCCGCAGAGGCGAGGGGCGGUGCUCGGGAGGAGGGGACGGUGAGAGGUGCGGGUGCGGGCGAGGAGGAGGGGGAGGGCGCGGUGGAGGGGGGCGCGGUGGAAGGGGGCGCGGUGGAGGGGGGCGCGGUGGAGGGGGGCGACUUUCUUCCCGCGGACGUGAUUGCUGCCGUCACACGGCGCCAGCACACCAGGUUCACAGAAGCGCAGGAGGAGAGGUCACAGUCAGCCGUGAGGGAGAAAAAGCAGCGGGCAGGGCGGGGCGGCAGCAGGGGCAAGGACAGCCACACAUCAGCUGUCAUCGGCACACGGUGGGUGCUGCGGCAUGCGGUGGGUGCUGCGGCAGGCUGCUCAGCUUGCUCUCCCACCUCCAUGCCAAUCACUGCUCCUCUUCUUCCCAAAGUCUCAGUCAGCAUUCUGCCCCCACCUGCGCCCUCACCAUCCCUCGAAAACUGCCCUCACGACACCACUGCACUGGUUCAAGCAAAGGCACCUGCUGCAUUGUUCCAACCCCUCGCUCUUCCUCACAUCAACCUACUCCCCCGUGUCGUGUCGUGGCUACCACGCAGGUCGGACGGGGCCAUAGUCAUCCAGGCAGGCGCGCCGGCGCCGGAGGGCGAGGAGGCAGCGCGGGCCAUCAUGCGCGCCGCGCAGAGCUUUCGGCACGGGGUGCUGUUUGGGCGGCGGCAGCGAUCACUUGCAGCGCUGGGGUUUGUGGACCCCACGGCGCUCAAGGUGCCCGGGCAGUGGCGCGCCCACAAGCAUCUUGUGGCGGGAGGUGUGGGGGGAGUGGGCGUGCAGGGGGGUGUGGGGGCACGGAAGGGAGGCGGCAAGCGCAACGGGAGGGGCCGUGGUGGCGCUAGGCGGUGA